GUGGAAUUCGGUGCAUGCCGUGAAAGGUGAGGAGAGAAAUGAGCUGAUUUUUUUCUGGUUAUAAGCGGUUCAGGAGGCUUGCAUUCGAGUGCAGCGCCAGCUGUCCAGCCCGUAGUUUUGGAAUGGAGUGUCGGGAGCAUUUUCCGAAUGGCUUCAAGAUGUUGCCUCGCAUUGACAACAUGCCACCUUUGCCAAGUCUUUUCUCGUCAUUUUAUCCCUUCCAAAUUGUUGUCCAAGGUGUGGGUUGUUGGGGCGUCUUCCAUGAGUUCCAUCCCGACUCGCGAGCGGUGUUAUCCUGAUUUCAUGGACUUUUUGCCGUGGACCCAUCUCCAUGGCAAUAGCGCUGCACCUGGAAGAACAAUUAUCCCCGGUAGAGAGAUAUUAUGAAAACAUCUUGUGCUGUUGCUCCAAUUUUUGGACUGACUGUUCUCGC